AUGGGUCAGGCUGGCAGUUCUAAUUCUCAAAUCACAUCUCAAGAUUGUGCCCUCCUUGAAGCUCUUUUAGCAUUACAUAGGAAAAAAUAUCAAGAAGGUUUAUUAAUUACAACGGACCAACACCUUGAAACAUUACAAAAUUUGGUUUUGAGCGUUGAAUUUUCAUUGAUUGAAAAGGAUGUAUUGUUUGGUCUUCAACAAGGAAAUAAAGUCUUGAAGGAAGUACACAAAGAAAUGGAUCUUGACAGUGUCGAGAAACUCAUGAGUGAUACUAAUGAAGCGAUUGCAUAUCAAAGGGAGAUUGAUGAGAUGAUGAUGUCAAAGAUGAAUGUAGAGGAAGAAGAAGAGGUUCAACAAGAAAUGGAAUCAUUACAAGCCCAAGAGACUCGUCUUCCAGAAUUACCGAAUCCAGUUCUAGAGCAGGUGGAGUCACAAGAGCCUGGAAAACAACUCAAAGCUAUACCUGCUUAA